AUGUAUUCCACCAAUAUAUACAGACCUGAGAGCAGGAAAGAAGACAGGGAACGGCGCCGGAGUAGAAAGGCUGAUCUAACAGUUAAUACCAAAGAGAUUAAACAUGAAGCUGGUGAAAACUUGGCGUCUCAUUGGUCAAUACAGUUAGAACACAUGAAGUAUUGUGGUCCUGCCUGCGAAAAAGGAAUAACACCAAUUCAAGGGUUUUCUGAUUCCAACCUACAUCCAAAAGUCAUUGAAAACGCUAAAACACUCUUUGAUGAGCUCUCUCCACUCCAACGAUACUCGUUACCUGUAUUGAUGAAUGAUAACAAUCAUUUACUCGUACAUGCUCAGACGGGUUCUGGCAAAACGGCAGCGUUCAUUUUGCCAGCCAUACAGUUGGUUUUGAACUCAAAGAAAGUAGAAAGUAAUGAGACCCCAUUGGUAUUAAUCUUGGAGAACACGGGGAGUUUGGCUUUACAAACUUUCCUGCACUGCUCUCAAUUUGCUGGCUUUACUUACAAAACGAGAGAGACAACAACUGGUUGCCGUGUUUCUCUUUUGACUUCUGGAGCUGAUUCUAAAGCUUAUGGCCAGUUCAAAACAACUGGUGAUAUAGUUGUAGGCACAAUGGGAUCUAUCAAAAGAGAGUUAGAUGAGAAGAAGCUUAACUUGAAAAAACUGAAGCUGUUAGUUCUUGACGAAGCCGAUAAGAUGAUGGACAGUCAGGCUUUUGGAAGAGAAAUUAUUGAAGUUUAUGAAAAUCAUAUUCCAGAAGAAACACAAGCGAGUCUGCAAGUCGCCAUGUUCUCAGCGACUUAUGAAACUAUGGAACAGGAUUUGGUAUUUACUAAUGUUAUGAACAUUCUCUUCAAUGACGUCACCAAGGUUAACUGUCUCAUUGCUCCGAAGAUACGAGGUUUCAUCACCCAACGGGUUAUUUCCAUAGCAGUGCCUAAUACUCUGGUCCUAGAAACGCCAGAUGUCAUGAUUAGCUGUUGCGCCUUUCAAAGAAAGAUUCGCUGGCUUGAAUCGUUAUUGAAUGAGGAUCUCAUUGAACAGAAUGUUUCACAACAAGGUCCUUUUAAAGGUGUCACUAUUGUUUUCUGUAGCACUAGACGGUUAUGCAAUUAUUUGUCAACUUAUCUCAGCUCACGAGGCUACAAUGUUGCGCCCUAUAAUAGUGAUUUUGAUUUGACUUAUUCGAGUGCUGUGCAUUCAAGAGCUAGAGAGGGCAAGGUGCAAGCUGUUGUAGCAACGAAUAAAAUAGCCAGAGGAUUAGAUAUUCAGAACAUUUUCCAUGUCAUUAUUUUCGAUAUGGAUGAAGAUUUUUCUAUAUAUGAACACAGAAUCGGAAGAACUGGUAGAGCAGGUCAUGGUGGCAAAUCGACUAUCCUUUUCGACGAAAACAGAGACUUUAAAAUGGCUUUGAGCUUACAUCGCUUUUUCGUGGAGCAUGGUCAGCCAAUCCCUAAAUGGCUAGACAACGCUGCCGAGAGCAUCCGAUCCCAAACUGAAGUAUUGAUGAAACAUCGUGCUCUAUGCCAACCGGUGGAUGAUGAUGAUGCCGAAGACGUGAUUCCAGAGUUCCAUUAA